GUACGCACGCGCGCGCUCAUUGAGGACCUGCUUUCGCAGUCGCACUCUGCCGUUGCAACUCUUUGACACCCAGCAUUCUCUAGGCUCCAUUUGCUCGGCGCUGCCCAGCAUUAGCAUCGUGCUUUGUUUCUGGACAGACCCUGACCGGACGCGUGGCUCUGGCAGUGAGAGCGCUCUGACCGCGUCCGCCACUUUGACUGAGAAGCUAAUUUCUGUGACCGCCUUGCUCAAUGGAGGCCUCCAAAGGGCAUAUGCAUUUCAAUGCUGGCUCGUGGUUCGUGCACGUGCCUGCCGCCGUCGCGUCCGCCGACUGCCCGGAUGUCAAGCCUGGCUCGCCAGCGGACGGCUUCCUAGCGCAGAGCGGGGUGCUGUGCCUCGACUACUCGCCGGCGCCGUCCUCCUGCUGCUGCUCCCCUCCCGCCAAGUCCGUGGGCGCUGUGAGUCCCGCCAUCAGCAGCGCUGAAUUCAGCCCCUUCGCCACCUCGGCCAACAAACGCUGCGGCUUCUGCUCGAUGUCCCCUGGUGGCGGUUCGGGUGGCGAGUACGCAAGCGGUGACGCGCUCGAGAAGGACCCGGACUUCCGCGCACUGGGCGAGUCGGUCCUGAUGGCGCUCGGUAUUGACGCGGAGGACGCGCCCUGCAACCCCACGCUCGAGACUGCUGCUGCCGCCACUGCUGGCACCAAUGUCACCAACGCCUCGGCCGCCCCCGGAACCGCCGCCAGCGCCAAGACCGCCGCCACCAACACGGCCCUUCCCGCACCUGGGCCCGCGCCGACAGCCGUGCCUGUCGCGGCGACUGCCCCUGCCCCGGCCGCCGCGGUGUGCACCCCUGAGCGGCUGACCACCGAGGGCUUGGACUUCCCGACAGACCUGUUCGCCACGGCCUCGCCCGUGCCCGGGUCGACCUUCGUGACAGCCCUCCACGGGCCCUGGCAGGACCCCGCCUCCAUGCUGCACGGCGGCUUCGGCCGUGUGGGCUUUUGCGACGUGCUGUACGGCGCCAUGCACCAGCCCGCCGCCGAAGCCAAGGCUGGCGGCCGCCGCAACCACCGCGGCAACAAGAAGCAGCCGCGGCCCGCCCUAGUGACCUCCGUGACGGCCGCCGCGUUCAAGGUGCUGCCGCUGCAGGACCCGGGCGCCCACGAUGCCUUCAUGGCUGAGGUGUCCACCCACAUCCGGGCCACCAACACCGGCUGCGACCACAUCUGCCGCGUGCUGGGCUACCGCACCGGCAGCAUGGGCCCGGGCGUCGGCGGCUCCUGGGGCUUCCUGUACAUGCAGGCGGCCGCUGGUGGGGCCGCCGGCACUCUGUGGGACCUGUGGGGCGCCAACCUGGCCCAGCACCCGGACCAGGGCCUGCCCACCGCCGCGCUCCAGGUGGUCGCCGCCUCGGUGCUGCUCGCCCUGCGCGCCCUGCACGCCAUCGGGAUGGCGCACCUGGACCUCAAGCCCGAGAACAUCAUCCUGGGCUCGGACGGCCUGCUUAAGCUGAUUGACUUCGGCCUGGCCCGCCGCAUCACGCUGCCAUCCGACCUCGCCGGCGAAGCCAAGAGCCUGACCGGCGUGGACGGCGGGCACCACCUGGGCAAUGCCGCCCGCGCCAACAUCUUCGGCCUGUUGGUGCAGCCCUUCAUCGGCGGCACGGACGGCUACAAGGCGCCUGAGAUUUGCGACCGCACGACCUUCGUGAAAUUCCCCUCGGCCUGGCUGCAAGGCCGCAUCUCGGGCCCCAAGGCGGACUGCUACUCGCUUGGUCGCAUGCUGACCUACCUCGCGGCCAAGCCGAGUGAGAUGGACUCCGUGCUAUCGCUGCCGGCCGAGGGCAGCGUGGUGGGCAGCGCCGCCCUGGCGCACCUGCAGCAGUCGCGGGGCGGCCGGCGGCUGGCGAGCCUGAUCAGCGGUCUGACGGCGGUGGACCCCGCGGCACGGCUGGGCGUGGAGGAGGCGCUGGCGCACCCGGCGCUGAGCGGAGUGGUGGGAAGCAACGACAAGGCGCGCCGCUGGCGCUGGUAGUAGUUUGGUGUAGUAUGGAGUAGCAAAGGUAGGGUUGGCUGGAGACUGGGUACUGAGGCUGAGACUGAAGACUACCGGUAGAUCGGUAGGGACACGCACACGUGCGUGGGGCUGUGGAAGCCCCUUACUUAGUGAGCGCUCGACUCAUGUCGAGAAGUAAGGGACUCGAUACGGAUGGAAGGCAUUUUGGGCUGAGAUCGUGAGCACUACGCAUAGUGCCCACUGACCUUAAGGUCAGUAACUACACGCUGCAGGCGGUAGCACUUUAGGGGCAGGAGCAAGCAACAAGAGACGAAAGUUUGAUGGCAAGGAGCAACUAAUAAGGUGCUUGCCGCCCACGCCGCAUCAGGCGUGGUGUGCGUGCUCGGAUGAGAAACGAGCUAGAGGCCGCAAGGGCUUUCCGUGAUCCGCAAGCAUUGAAAUCCCAACUGACAGAACUGGAGCUUCCGUACGCGAUUUCAAGCAAUAUUUGCAUGCUUUGCAGUGUGGGCGGUUUGGUGUAGGGCUUGGGCAUGUAGACAUGUGAGGACCUGGCUGGUGAAGUUGAAUUCUGAAGGUAGCGCGCAGUAGGCCACACGUAGCGGACGCCGUCCGUUGCAACCAAGCGGCAUCAUGAUUCGCCACGAAACGGCUAGCGUGGGCAAAGCCCCAGCUGUCGAGGGCACUGUAACAUGAAUGAGGA